AUGUGGUUCGGAUUUAAAAAAUAGAAUGACAAUCAAAAUGGGCAAUAAGCUCAGCAAUUUCCAGCUCAUAGACAUAAGGCAGCUCAUCAACAAGGUGAGUACAUGAUUAAUUAUUAUAAUAGGAGGUCUAAAUUUAUCAUUUGGGGAUGAGAAUUCUGAAACCUAAAAAGUGGCAGCCAGCAUGUUUAAAUAAGUGAGUGGGAAGAUCAUGACAGGAAAUUUUGGAUCUUUGAUGCAAAUCAGCAAGCCCAUAGCCAUGUCUUUGGAUAUGAGUUUCUUACAUGGAGUGGCACUGUAAAUACAAUUGAUUAUAAAACAAGAGGACACACGUUUAGUAAUUUACUGGAGAGAUGUAGCCAGUUAUCACCAUUGGAAUAGAUCAAAUAUAUCUCAGCCUAUUAGGUAAGAAUGGGAAUCAUAUUCUAGAUAUCUGGAUUACAUUGCAAUGGGGAGGUAACAAAAAUGAAAUCACCUUUGGAUCCAUUGGUAGGAGAGACUCUUUAGGUAAUAAAAUAGUAUUUAAAUGUGUAGUUGGUGAAGGAGGAUGGAACACAAUUCUUUGCAGAAUAAACUUCUUUUGAUCCGCCAAUUUCAUAUUAUUACAUAUUAGGAAAUAAUUAUAAAAUAUAUGGUGAUGACAGAUUAGAAAUAUAAGUUCAUAAGACAGUGAAUUCAUUAACAGGAGUUCAAACUGGUAGAUAAACCAUAGUUUUCAAUAAUGGAGCUGUCUAUAAAUGUACAUAGAGACCAACAAUGUAAUCAUGUCUAUAAAUACAUAUAAGGGAGAUAACUGGAUUGAUGAUGGGAGACCGAAUAUUGAAUUGGUAAGGGAAGAUGAUUGUAGAAGGACCUGGUGUGAAAGCAGUGAUUACUUUUAAUUACAAUGCUGAAGGGAUGAUGUCUAAGAUUACUUCAUUCUUCAAGUCGUAAGAAUAGGCCAAGAUCUUUGAUAUUGUAGAGGUGGAUAUUUUUGAGGUGAAAACUGAUGCCAAUGGAAAUAACACAGAGUAUUUGUUAAUAUUUACAAUUUAAGGACUCUUAUUUAAUAAGGAAUUGGAUCAUGGUUGGAAGGAAUGCUCUUUGGAGAAGAGAACGUUUGGUAGAUUGACGAGGAAAAGAAGAAGUGGAUUUCACCUUAGGAAAUAUUGGAAUCUGAUACUACCAGGAGGAGUGAUUUGAUUCAUAUGAGGAAUUAAAAGAUGGAGGAUGCUCAGAAGUAUUUAUGAAUAAUAUCUUUUUAUAGAGCCAAAUUGCAAUUGGAGGAAUAGAAUUUUAGGGACGUUGA